AUUACCAUGGUUAUUCAUGACUUCCCCUUCCCUAAGCUCUCAUAUGCGCGGCCACUAAGAUCUCGUCUUUUCAUAAUACCGACCUGGUAAUCACCCUUAGUCACCUAGAAACUUUACAACUUAUUGUUGGAAUUCAAUGGAAAAAAUUGGGAUAAUACGAUACAUAAUAUGACCUAAGUAUGAGGUGAAGUAUAAGGAAAUAUUAUUAACAACCUCUCAUGGCUCUCCCGCGACGUCUUCUCACAACCCUCUCCAGGCCAUGUAUGAAAUUUAAUAUAUCGAAUGCACACCCAACAACACGUCGGUUCUUCAGUGCAGAGGUCGUCUCACACCCCUCGAACCGGGUUCAAGUGUAUAUCUCACGAUCAUCAGAUCCGUACCUCAACCUGUCCAUCGAGCAUUUCCUGCUUCAGAAAUCUUCCCCAGACUCUAUUGUGCUCUUCUUGUACACGAACCGACCAUGCGUCGUUAUCGGCCGGAAUCAAAACCCCUGGGUUGAGGUGAACCUGGGCUUGCUCAGCCAGCCCAAUGGCAUAAUAUCUGACAGUGCACAUGGAAAAGACGACGAAGUCCUCCUAGUCCGGCGGCGUUCCGGCGGCGGCACCGUAUUUCACGACCUUGGCAAUGUGAACUAUAGCGUCAUCUGUCCACCGGCCUCCUUCGACCGGAACAAGCACGCUUCCAUGAUAGUGCGAGCAUUAUCCUCUCUUGCCAUACCAGACACCUCAUUCCGCGUUAACGAGCGACAUGACAUCGUGCUCGACGUUCCAUCUUCCUCUCCCAUUGUCACAGCACAGCAGUCGCCAACCCAGACCUUUAAGAUAUCCGGCUCCGCAUACAAACUAACACGAGAGCGCUCUCUUCACCAUGGGACAUGUCUCCUAUCAUCGCCCAACUUACUCCUCGUUGGCCCAUUGUUACACUCGCCUGCCGCGCCGUACAUUAAGGCGCGCGGCGUCGAGAGCGUGCGCAGCGCUAUCCGCAAUAUAGGAGUUACUGACCUGGAGUCUUUCGAGGAAGCCGUCGUUGCUGAAUUUGGUGCUAUGUACGGCGCUGUGGACUCUGAGGUCAUUGAUGCGUUUGAGGCGGAGAAAAUCUUGAACGACGAGUCUAUUAUCGCGAAGGGUUAUGCUGAGCUUAAGUCUCCUGAGUGGAUAUACGCGCAAACCCCCCAAUUCACCUUCUCCACGCACCCCACCUCUGAAGACUCACGUCCACGCCCACCUCUCCCGGUCACCCUGCCACUAUCCCUCCACGCCACCAUGACAGUGCGCCAUGGCCAAAUCACCGACGUUUCCGGGACUGAUCUACUUACACCCUUAACCUCUACAUACCUCCAUCAAAUCACCGAUUGGCGCGCUCGAAUCAACGACGAAGUUACCGGGAACUGGCUGAACGGUUUAUUCGGAGUAGUGCCACACUAAUUGUCGUACUGAUAUUCGUAAGGUACCGAUUAAAAGUACCUAUUUGAAAGAAAGAAAAUUUACUCAUCUACUCGUGUAUAAGAAAUCGUAGAGGAAUCUUGAAAAUUAAAAACCAACAGCACCGGGCAGUGCUGUAACUCCUGUAUACUAGUAGGUAUAUACAU